AUGCGUUCAAAAGUCGAUACAUUUCUCAAGUUUUGUGAAUAUUUCGUCACUAUAAGACUGUUAACAUUUGUGUGGCGCCUGUGCUUAAGACGUGGCUUCCAGUGGUGCGGAGGCGCCAAUACCUGGGCUGUAGUCACGGGCUCUACCGAUGGCAUAGGCCUGGAGUACGCGCGACAGUUGGCGGGAAAGGGCUAUAACUUACUACUCAUUAGCCGUAAUCCAAACAAAUUGUCAAAAGUCAAGGAGGAUAUUGAAUUCAAGUACAUGUGCUCUGUUCGGGUACUGGCGCUUGACUUCUCCCGAAGCGAUAUAUACGAUACCAUUGAGGAGGAGUUCAAGAGAUUGGAUCAAAUGAAUCAAGAAAUUCAUGUUUUGGUGAAUAACGUGGGAAUCGUUUACCCAAACGAAAGGCCAGAAUAUAUGACCAAAAUUCCCAAUUUAUCCAAAUUUAUUGAGUCUAUAAUUAACGUGAAUAUCAACGCCUGCACCCGACUCACGGCACUGGUAUUGCCGCGAAUGGUGGCCAAAGGCCGGGGAGCCAUCAUUAACCUGUCGUCGGCGUCGGCACUCUAUCCCAUACCUCUACUGUCCCUCUACUCGGCCACCAAAGUAUAUAUCGACUACUUUUCCCGUGCGCUUCACGAGGAGUAUAAGAGCAAAGGGAUUGUCAUCCAGUGUGUCAUACCGUGCUAUGUGUCCACUAAUAUGUCCUACAAUAUGGACACCAAUCUGUUUGUGCCCUCACCGCCAGUCUAUGUGAACAGUGCCCUCAAAACGGUGGGCAAGGAGUCGAGAACUGCCGGCUAUUUUCCCCAUCGAUUAGUCAGUUAUCUCUACUAUUGGGGCGCCGUUUGGUCCGAGAUAUUGGGAAUUAAUUUUUUGAGUAAAUUUAAUUAUUUCCGCCUCAAAACCAUCAGAAAUAGGAUUAACACAAAACAGGAGACUAAAGAGACUCUUGGCUUAACACAGGCCGAGGAGGUGGUGGCGGUGGACAUGGAUCUCACGUCGGAGUGA